UCAAAAAGAUAAGAAAAAUCAGAAAGACACUAACCCACUUUUCUGAAUCAAAACCCCACACAAAUCCAUCCAUUAAGCAUAUUCCACCAUCAACCAAUUUCAGCCAUCAAAAUCCCUAAAUUGAAAUGUUCAUCUAGCCUGCAAACCUUGUCUUCUCUUUGCUGCUUUAUUUCUCAAUAGAGACUUGAAUUCUCGACACAAGUUCACCACUCUUCAUUGGGAACUUUCAGUAAAACUGUAAAACCCAAUCUCAGAACAUAGCACCAACAGUUUGAAGCAAAGCUUGCUUCCAUCUUUAUUAACGUCCCACAAACUUGAAUUCAACAGCACAAUUCAAACCAGCCAUACGCAAUCCAUCUUAUCCUUGCUCUUCUCGCUGAUUUCUUGGCCCAAAUCCAAUCCAUACUCUUCAAAUCGAACCCCUUUUCCAUUGUCGUUACAACCGAAGCUUGAUUUAAUCGUCCUUCCAUCUCCAAAUAUCACUAACCCAUACCAUGAAUCAACACCCAGGGAGAAAACCCAUUACUGGCAGCACUUAUUUAAUCCAUCUUGAAGAACUGACGUUGUUGAAUUGGAUGAAGGUAGAUAAAUUCAGGGGGAAAUAAUUUGGAAGCUUUGUUCUUAUGAUUUAUUCAUGGAUGAUGUUUGAUUGGAUAUUACAUAUUGAUUGUGAAUGAAUCAGGUAAUCUAGAUUUGUUCAAUAAAAUUGAGAUAUUGCAUAAAAUUUUGUUUUCAUCAGUUGAUGGUGUUGGAUCUGUGGAAUGAAGGGAGCCAGAGAGAGGUGAUGGAUCAUGAUUGAUGUGAGCCAUGGACCUGUAUUUUUCUUUAGAAGAAGAGGAUUAGAUUUAAAAUUUGGUGACUAGUUGCUGCCUGAAGAGGUGAAAUUUUUAUGUGAAUUAUACCUAAGAAGAAAAUGAAGCAUACCUGAUGGAGAGUAGUUUAGUCAAUUUGAAAGAUGGUUCAAAAGUUUGACAAAACACGUGCCUUAAUUUUGUUUUUAGUGAAAGGGUAGUUUAGUCAAUUUGGAAUAUUAGCUCCACGCGUGCACGUGUGCUGACUCAACUAACACUGACAUGGACGAAAUAUCUAAAGAGGAGGAAACACUAAUUUCAAUCUAUUUGGGAAGGAAACACUAAUUAGCAAUAGAAGGAGGAAAAGCAAAAUACCCCCAAAAACUAAAUAAUCGGUCAUUUGUUUGAUUCCUUGAAAAGAAGUAUCUUUUAAGUACUGAGGAGAGAGUCAAUGGUUGUCUAAUUUCCAGCCAGAGAUUCUAAAAGUGGACAUAUGAAGAAGAUAAGGGACUAUAUCAGAAUUUAUGAGAGAAGGUGAUGAUGAAGGACAGUACUGGAAGAGAAAGAAAGAAAUAUGAAAUGGGUGUUGUGUACUUCUCUAGUUAUUCUGCAUCUUCAUGUAUUUGCAAGUUUUGUGGGAUUUUGCAGCUGCCAAAAGGGGAAUAAUGGUUUCAGCAGAAAUGAUUUCCCAACUGACUUUAUUUUUGGUUCUGGAAGCUCAGCUUAUCAGGUUGAAGGAGCUGCUAAUGAGGAUGGAAGAACUCCAAGCGUUUGGGAUACUUUUACUCAUGCUGGAAAAAUGGCAGACAAAAGCACUGGUGACAUAACCACUGACCAAUACCACAGAUAUAAGGAAGAUGUUCAACUCAUGGUGGACACAGGCUUAGAAGCCUAUAGAUUUUCUAUCUCAUGGCCAAGGCUUAUACCAAAUGGAAGAGGACCUGUUAAUCCAAAUGGUCUACAGUACUAUAACAACCUCAUCAAUGAGCUUAUCAGCCAUGGAAUUCAAGCGCACGUUACACUUUUUCAUUACGAUCUUCCUCAGCCACUCGAGGACGAAUACGGAGGAUGGUUAAGCCGCAAGAUAGUGAAAGACUUCACAGCAUAUGCUGAAAUCUGUUUUAAAGAAUUUGGUGAUCGAGUUUCGACUUGGACAACAAUAAAUGAGCCUAAUGUGUUUGUUUUAGGGGCCUAUGACUUGGGAUUUCUGCCGCCUCAAAGGUGUUCCUCACCAUUUGGGUUCUUCAACUGUACAGAUGGAAAUUCCACAACAGAGCCUUACCUUGUUGCUCAUAAUAUUAUGCUAGCUCAUGCUUUUGUAGCAAGAUUGUACAAAAACAAGUACCAGGCUAAACAACAUGGGCUCAUAGGAAUCAACCUCUUCGCUUAUGGGUUUAGACCUCUAACAAACUCUGUUGAAGAUGUUGCAGCAACUCAAAGGGCCAGCGAUUUUUAUACGGGUUGGUUUGCUGCUCCUUUGGUUUUCGGUGAUUAUCCCGAAACAAUGAAGAGAAAUGCUGGCUCAAGGCUUCCUUCUUUCACCCCAUAUGAAGCAAAAUUAGUUAAGGGUUCAUGUGAUUUCUUUGGAUUGAACCACUAUGCUUCGUUUAACGUAAAGGAUAAUCCGGAAAGCCUAAAGAUCCAACAAAGAGAUAUAUCUAUGGAUAUGGCUGCCCAGUUCAUAUCUAAUUGGUCUGGUAAAGGAAAAGUAUUGCCUGAUGAAUUCCCUGUCAUGCCAUCGGGGUUGCAAGGAGUUUUGGAGUAUUUUAAGCAAGAUUACGGAAACCCUCCCAUAUAUAUCCAUGAAAAUGGUCAAAGGCUCUUGGCAGCACCACGUGAAAAGUCGAUGAACGAUACAUCGAGGGUGAAUUACUUGAAGGGUUACAUUGGAGGUGUUCUUGAUGCUUUGAGGAAUGGAUCUAACACGAAAGGUUACUUCACAUGGUGUUUUAUAGACUCGUUCGAGUUGUUAGAUGGCUACACUUCGAACUUUGGCCUUUACUACGUAGAUUUGGUCAAUGACCCAGAUUUAAAGAGAUAUCCAAAACUUUCAGCACAUUGGUAUUCAAAUUUUCUCAAGGGAGAAGAUGAUAAAAACAGACAUUUUUCUUGAAAAUGAUAAAAUUUCUCAUUUUUCACAAUAGAAAGUUAUGUGUGUAUUAUAAGAAGCUUGUAAACAUAAACCAAGUACAUUCAGUGCUCAACACUUCCCUCAUUGUUACAUGCAAUUUCAUACCAUUUGCAUGGACCUCAUUCAUGUAGACAUUUAUCUUCCAAGAUGGGAGGAUAAAAGAAGUUUGGUUAAUAAGGAUAUUAAGAGUCCUUUUUGCUGUAUUGUUUUCGCAUACUAAUAAAUGAGUCGAGUGACAGGA